AUGAGAUUACGAAUUCGAGCGCUCGACAGCAAGUUUAGAAUUGGCUUUGUUACGGGACUCGUUGGCACUGGAUGUUAUUAUUAUGCAUCGUCGAAAAACAAAAAAGCAGUUGACAACAUUAAUGGCGACUCGGAAGAAUUCGUUGGUCAAGUAGGCCAGACACAUGCCAAGAAGCCUUUAUUAUUUCAGUGGUCCAGUAUACCCAAAUUCAUCGAGAAACGAUACGAUCCUAAAUGGGCCGAAGAACACAGCAAUGGAUGGCUAUGGAAUGCCGGAAACACGCUAGUUGUAGGAGGCGUCGGUACGGUUGCCAAGAUAUUUCUCAAAUACUUUGAGCAUACACGCGUAUACAACCUAGACAAAUUAUUGGAGGUUGUAGAGCAGGAGGAUCGAGAACGGGCCCUUAUUACAGUAUCCAACCACGAGUCCGUUUGGGAUGAUCCAAUAUUGUGGGGUGUGUUGCCGAUAGAGACGUUAUUUUCACCGCACAAGAUGCGAUGGGUACUUGGAGCUGCAGAUAUCUGCUUUACAACCCUGUUCCGAUCCAUGUUCUUCUCACUCGGCCAAGCAAUCCCCACUAUCCGUGGCUCAGGUAUCUAUCAACCUGGUGUCGAUUUUGCCAUCUAUAAAUCAAAUCAGAACGGCUGGAUCCAUAUAUUUCCGGAGGCGCGUGUGAACCAAACAACAUCCAUGAUAAGGUUUAAGUGGGGCAUUGGGCGAAUCAUUAUGGAAUCCGACCGAUGUCCAAUCGUGGUACCUGUGUGGCACAAUGGUAUGGCGCAGGUUCGCCCGUUGCAUGGACCGCCAGUCCAAUUCUUCAAACCGAUUACGCUUGCAUUCGGUGACCCAAUAGAUUUCCAGGACACUUUGGAUGCUUGGCGGGCAGGAAAAAUCAGCGAGACCGAAGCACGAAUAAAGAUCACGUCCACUAUUUUCGACGCAUUGGCCGAACUUAAAGAAAAGACCCAGCGCAUGAAGCGGGAUCUUGAAUCAGGUACGGUCUCCGACAACGAGGGUGAUCUGAAAAAUACUGUUAAACCAUAA